AUGACGCUGGAGGCAGAUAUAACACUCCAAGAUUUGAUGGCUUCUGUUGAAGCUGUGCACAAGGAUCAAUUGAUCAUUUCGGAAAAAGUAAACAAGAAAUUGCCCGAAAAGAGCAGUAGUCCUGAAAGUGAUAGCGCGUAUUCAUCGACCAGCCUAUCGUCUAAUGCCAACACCGAAGAAGGGUUAAGAAGAAGCUCAUCUGGAUCUCAAACACUGUAUCCAGGCCGUGUCAUCUUGACCACUUAUCCAGGACAACAAGGCAUCCGUCCUGUGCCCUUGAAGUGGGCUGCCAGUGAUCCCAAAGCUCGCGGACCCAUUGUCGCUUCACGCCACCCAGAUAGUAUCAAAAAACGAAACGCCAUAGGCGCUUAUGGAGGUUCCUACUGUAUUUACCGUGCACUUGCCUUGGCUAUUGGUGACCUGCCAUACAAUCAUCGGCCCAACUUUGAAAUGACCGAACCAACAUUCCAGGUGGGACCUCAUGCCUCAUGGUUCGAUCCCAAGAAGAUUGUUUCUUUGGAUCCCUGGGGUCACCUGGCACCCAUGCUCUUCAAGGCCGAAUAUGAAGGAGGGCUUGACGUCCGUCCCACUAUUGCUAUUACACGUGCGCACAUGACCAUGGCCGAGAUGGAAAUGAGCGUAAAGCAGGGAUCGCUUGCUGUGGAUGGGAAAAUUGUGUUGAACAAUCGCGGUGACUUGGCAGUGUCAAAGGCGGCCGUCGAGCCGGUAUGGUAUUUGCCCGGUGUUGCCGAAAGAUUUGGUAUUGGUGAAGAUUUGCUACGCAGAGCAUUGUUUGAAGACACCGGAGGCAUGUACCCGGAAUUGAUCACGCGCCAAGACCUGAAAGUGUUUUUACCGCCUAUAGGAGGCAUCAGUGUAUAUAUUUUUGGCAAUCCAGCUUACCUCUCAGAUCCUUCAAAGAAAUUGACUGUUCGUGUGCACGACGAAUGUAAUGGUUCAGAUGUAUUUGGUAACGAUAUCUGCACCUGUCGUCCCUAUCUGAUUUACGGCAUUGAGGAGUGUGUGAAACAAGCUCAACAAGGAGGCGUCGGUUUGAUUGUGUAUUUCCGAAAAGAAGGCCGUGCUUUGGGCGAAGUGACAAAGUACCUUGUUUACAAUGCGCGAAAACGCCAACAAGGUGGCGAUACGGCCGCCAAGUACUUCCUACGCACGGAAUGCAUUGCAGGUGUCAAGGAUAUGCGCUUCCAGUCUUUAAUGCCGGAUGUAUUACAUUGGUUAGGCAUACAGAAAAUCGAUCGUAUGAUGUCGAUGUCCAACAUGAAAUAUGAUGCCAUUGUCAACUCUGGUAUUCCCAUUUUGGAGCGAGUUCCUAUUCCCGAGGAGAUGAUUCCUGAUGAUUCGAGAGUGGAGAUUGAUGCCAAGAUCGCAUCAGGAUAUUUCACUAGUGGCGACGUUCUCUCUGAAGAACAGCUUGCAAAGGUCAAGGGUCGCAACUGGGAGGAUAUCGAGCACUGAGUAAUGCUCGUUACCCCAGUACGAAGUGAAACCACUUUUUUUUGAAUGUCCGUUUUCCAUUUGCUGGAUUUGCUUCUUCCUGUUUCAAUUGCAGCAAUAAAUAAAAGCGCAAUAGCUGCCUUCCAACAAACCCACCACUCCUUUUUUUUUAUCCACUUGUUUACAACACAAACAAAUAUU